AUGAGAUUCUCUAAUGUCUUGCCCCUAAUCGGUGCAUUCUCAUCGCUCUUUCACAAUACACAAGGUAAGACCCUCCCCCUCGGUUGCCCUGGCAGCCCCGCUGACAAUUCCCCAACAGCACGAUCACAGGAAUCAGAAGCUAUUCAACGUGUGACGCCCAUCGACAAUGCCAUUAUUCGAACUCCGUCGCAUCAGAUAGAUCACCUCUCACAGUUCGAUAUCACCUUCGAAUUACACCAAGAUGGCAAGCGCAUAAAGCUAGAACUCGAGCCGAAUCAUGAUAUCUUGGCCGAAGAUGCUUAUGUACAAUACGUCCGUGCCGACGGCACAGUAACACACGCAGAACCGAUCAAGCGACAUGAACACAAGGUCUUCCGGGGUCGCGCCUCGGUAGGAUCUGGCAAGGGGAGGUGGACGCCUGUGGGUUGGGCUAGAAUCACCGUCAAAAGGGAUGGCCUAGACCCUCUUUUCGAGGGCGCAUUCAGUAUCAACAAUGACAAGCAUCACAUUGAACUGCAGUCGACCUAUCAUGAUAAGAAGCGCCCGAUCGAUGCCGAUGCCGAGCCCCGCGAUGGAGAAUAUAUGCUUGUAUACCGUGACUCGGAUAUGUUCCGCUACAUACACUCUGAGCUCAAGCGCUCGCUUCCUGAAGAGAUGGGAAGCGUUUCUUCAGGCUGCGGCUCAGACACGCUCGAUUACAACGCCAAUAUGUCCAGUUCGAUUUUCCCCUAUGAGGUGAGCGAAGCCGACGGUCAAUGGGGGGUUACCUCAUUGAACUCGCUGUUUGGAUUAGGCAAGCGAGAUGAUGUUGGCGGCGUCUCGGGCGGCACUGGCGGCGUGCAUCUGAAAUCGACCAUCGGUGAUAAUUCUGGAUGUCCCAAGACGAAGAAGGUUGCUUUGGUCGGAAUCGCAACGGAUUGUGAAUUUACCGACUCAUUCAAAUCUACCAACUCAACGCCCAAGGAUGCUGCUAAGGACUGGGUCAUCAAUGUGGUGAAUACGGCUUCGAAUCUCUAUGAGGAAUCUUUCAAUAUUUCGAUUGGUUUGCGCAAUCUAUCGAUCUCUGAGCCUGGCUGUUCCUCCUCAGGCUCAUCUGCUACACCCUGGAACGUGGACUGCAAUGGAGGAAAUGUCAGUUGGCGUCUGAAUGAGUUCUCCAAGUGGCGUGCAACUCAUUCGGAUGACAACGCCUAUUGGACUUUAAUGACGAACUGUCCAACAGGCAGCGAGGUUGGAGUUGCCUGGGUGGGUCGUCUGUGCUCCUCUGAUCUGGUUAGCUCCGGAGCCAACUCGGUGUCGGGUGCCAACGUUGUGGUUCGCAAUGCCGGUUCUUCCUGGCAGGUGUUUGCUCAUGAGACCGGUCAUACCUUUGGAGCGGUGCACGACUGUGACGAUGAUGGCUGCCGAAGGAAACUAGAUGCUUCCUCACAAUGCUGCCCCCUGAGUUCGUCGACCUGCGAUGCUAAAGCAAAGUACAUCAUGAACCCAUACGCCACCAACGCCAUGACAACUUUCUCGGAGUGCACCAUUGGUAAUGUGUGUUCCGCUAUUGGUAGAAACAGCAUCAAGUCCUCCUGUCUCUCGGACAAUCGUGGCGUCGUCACCAUUAGCGGCAGCCAGUGUGGUAAUGGUAUCGUCGAAGCAGGCGAGGACUGCGACUGCGGCGGCGAGGAAAAUUGCAGCGAAAACGCCUGUUGUGAUGCAUCAACCUGCAAAUUCAAGGGUGGCGCCGUCUGCGACGAUGCCAACGACAGCUGCUGCAACAAGUGCCAGUUUGCGCCUGCCGAUACCGUAUGCCGUGCCAGCAUGGGUGUAUGUGAUCUCGAAGAGAAAUGCAGUGGAAACUCGAGCUCCUGCCCAGCAAACAAACACAAGGAGGACGGUGAAUCAUGUGGCGACAAGGGCAAAGGUCUCACCUGUGCCAGUGGCCAAUGCACCAGUCGUGACUACCAGUGCCGUUCAGUGGUGGGCGCCUUGCUCAACACUAACGACACCUGGGCAUGUGGAAACACCAUGCAGCCGUCCUGCAGUCUCGUCUGCGGCGAUCCUACCUCCCACUCAUUCGGAACCACGACAUGCAUCAUUAUGAACCAGAACUACCUCGACGGUACACCUUGCGAUGCCGGUGGUUACUGCAAAGCAGGCGAAUGCAAAGGCUCCUCGGCCUUGGGCUGGAUUAACCAACACAAGAAGUUGGUGAUCGGCAUCUGUGUCGGUGUCGGUACGUUUAUUCUGCUGGUUAUCUUCUGCUGUAUCUAUAGUCGCUGCAAGCGUAGCGCACAAUUGCGCAAGGCCCGCAAGGCCAUUCCCCCAGGUACAUAUCGUCGCUAUAAUGGACCUCAGCCCACUGCACGCUCGCCCAUGGACCAGUGGCAGAAUUACCCGAAUGCCGGGUAUUCGAAUAUGCCAUAUCAAAAUAUGCCGUAUCAGAAUAUGCCGCAUCAGAACAUGCCGUAUCAGAACGUGCCUCCCCCUGGACCACCACCAGGAUAUGCGGCGCCCCCGCGAUACUCAUGA